UGGGCGCCAAAGGAAGGUGGUUGGAUUCAACUGUCGUUAUACCCCCAAAGGUUUAGCCGUGGUCUCUGUCCCCUCAAUCCCCAGACAGAUUGAGGAAUGAACAUGCAUGAUUUUGAAAAGCACUCCCAUUGUAUCCUUUUUUCGUCAAUCUCUUUCUCUCUCUAUACCUUCUCUUUACUCCUUUCUUUAUUCAUUGCCAUAAAUCACGGAGCAUACAGUCUCAAUCCCAGAACCCAACAUUGCUUUUUCUCUCUACGAGUUUAUUGAGCUUUGAGGCAUAGGGAUGCAAACGGAUUUGUGAUAGACAGGAGAACGAAUGGCGAAAAAACUAGAUUUCAACGCUCCACUUUUAUCUGCAAGGAGAUUUUCCUCACCUACUCGCUCUUCAGAAGUGGUAAACAAGAUCUCGACAGAGAAGUCGCUCCCUAAUCGACAAAAUUCUCUACCUGUGUGCAAAUCAGAUUGUGAAUAUGGGGAGGUGACAAAACCAGCUGCAGUUCCAUUUCAAUGGGAAAAAAUCCCUGGAAGGCCUAAAGGAGAAGGGGAAGGUCCAAUUCACCAGCCGGAGGAACCUUCAAAUACACCAAGGCUUCCUCCAGGAAGGGUAUCAGGUGUCAUCAGAUGCAACUCAGGUGAAAGUCCAAAGUUCCUUUCUGGGAGAGUAUCUGGUUUUUCGAGAUACAAUUCAGGGGAAAGAUCGAAUGAUCCGAAUAUUAACAGGACCCAAAUUGAAGCAUUUCCGUUCAAUGAUCAUGCUAAUCUGAUUGAAAAAUUGCAUGACAGUCUAAAUUAUAGAGAUGAUUCAGAUACGGAAAGUGGAGACGAUGCAUAUUCUGAUGCACUCGAUAAGUUGUCACUAACAGAAUCUUGGUCCUUGAACUACAGUGUAAGUGGACUGAGUGGCUAUCAGGGUUCAGGAGUAAAACCAUCGGGAACAUUCUCUGUUGAUGUGCAAACUAGAGAUUUUAUGAUGAGCAGAUUCUUACCGGCAGCCAAGGCUGUUGUGUUGGAGACACCUCAAUACAUAGCGAAGAAGCAACCAGCGGUCAUUGAACAACCAAAGCCGGUUAAAAAGGUCGUAUCUGGGGAACCAAAGCCUUUACAUGAGCAGUAUGGUUCUAACAUCAUGUCACAUUACGUUCAGAAUUUUGAGAAUGUGGAAAGUGAAGAUGAUGAUCUGGAAUGUACUGUUCCUGUGAAAAAAUCAGGAAAAAUCUGGGGGAUUUUCCCUCGGUUUUGUGUGAAGAAUUCUUUUUGCCUUUUAAACCCAUUGCCUGGAAUGAAAUCAAAAAACCAUGCUCCAACAGCUCCAGCUGCUAAUGUUAGGAGACUGACCAGAAAUGCUCACAGUGGACCUAUCGACAAGAAUGUGUGUCGUGCAAUUUAUAAGAAAAAAUUUCAUUCUGGAGUACUGUCUCGGGACCUGCUAGAAAUUGGAAACAGGCUAGGGAGUGAUUCCAAUCAGUUUUCUUACUCCAGUGACUCUUUUAGACCUGGGGUGUCUCCCUUAAGGCAAUGCAGAAGCCGUCCCAUAUCCCCCUACCGAAAUGAAGCACCAAAGUCUCCAUUUCAUGAAGGUGCAGGGUUUCUUGGUGUACCUAAAGAAAUUGAGAAUCAUAGCGUGAAUAAGAUUGCCUCAUCACGCAAAAUGCGUAAGGUCAUGCAAGAUGUAUCUAAGAAUCACAUACAGAAACAGGGAUCAGGUUCGCCUGGUGUUGCUGUUGAGAAGACAUUGUAUGUGGAUGGUCUGAUCAAUACAAAUUGUUCAAAAGAUGAGAAAAUUGUUGAUUUCUCUUGUAAGAAUUUGAAGUCCAUGGAUGAAUGCAUACAAACUGAAGAAACUGAAGCUAUCAAAUCUUCCGAUCAAGAUAUAGCAUCCCUGAAUGUUUCUGAGGCAGGAAAAUGCCUGAUCCCUGAUUUGCGCAAAAGUCAUCCCAUUUCUCCCUACCAAAAUGAAGCAUCAAAGUCUUACUUUCAUGGACGUAAUGCUAACAAGAUUGCUUCAUCUCGCAAGUUGUGCAAGGCCUUGCAAGACGUUUCAAGGAAUCACGUGAAUAGAAAAGUAUCAUGUUCUCCAGGUGAUGCUGUCGAAAAAACUUUGUAUAUAGAUGCAGCGACCAAAACAGAUAGUUCAAAACCAGAUAAGAAUUUUGAUUCCUCUGAUAAGAAUUUGAAGCCCUCAAAUGAAAGCAGACCUACUGAAGAGAAGGGUCCUGUUAAAUCUUCUGAUAUAGACACGUCUUCCUGGGAUAAUUUAGGGGAGGGGAAAAGCCGAAGUCCUAAAUUGUCCGGAUCAACUGAUAUGGUUAUACCAAAUCAAAGUUUUGAUCAAGAAUCCAGGUCUGUUGAUUGUUCAAAAGUGCAUUCUGAUGCAAACUUUGCUGUGAAUAAUAAACAAGACAGAGAACAAGACGAUCAGAGAGAUGCUGAUUCUGCAUCCCUGAAGUCACCUUUACCCCCACCUUUACCAAAAUCACCAUCUGAGUCUUGGCUUUGGCGAACUCUGCCUUCUAUUUCGUUACCCAAUCCAUUUUCACAUUCCGGCCAAUAUCACCCCAAGAAACAGACUCAAACAAGUGUAGCGAACGAUUACACGUGGGAGACCAUUGUGAAAACUUCAAAUUCACGGCAUGAUCACGUCCGCUGUUCAGAGGAGCUUAUCCCCCAUGUUACUCAUCUGCACAACAAAACAUAGAAGUGGAAAAGUCCCUGCUAUAGAAGAUGUAUUCUUUGGAAUGUCUUGUGGCCUUCCAACAUCGCUAAUUUUUCUAUCCCUUAAAAUUGUUUUAAGUGUGAUGUAGAAUGAUGAGUUUUGAGAGAUAAACAUGCGAUGUUUUUCUUUGAUUUUUUUCUAUCGUUUUGAUGUGAUUGUUAGGCUGAAUCUCGGGAUUUUAUACCUAUUAGAUAUUGUUGGAAGAUUUGUUCAUGGUGCUUGUGCACGUAUGAGCAUUCAAUAGAAUUUAAAAAGUUUGUAGAA